UUUUUGAAUGUCUUUCAGAAAUUCUCAGGCACUUUAAAAAUCAAGAAAAUUUGUAAAAGGCCAUGUAUCCUCAUCUUAGAUUCUCUGAAGGCAAGUUCAGUACAGAAUACUGUUCAGGUCCUGAGAGAAUAUCUAGAAGCAGAAUGGGAAGCUAAAUGCAAAACUUGUCGCAAGUUCAGCAAAUCGACUAUGGCUGAUUUUUGUCCAAGAGUCCCCAAACAGAAUAACAGCAGUGAUUGCGGAAUAUACUUAUUGCAAUAUGUGGAAACUUUCUUCCAGAAUCCUAUUGUUAAUUUUGAGCUUCCAAUACACUUGGAACAGUGGUUCCCUCCUCAUCUGGUGAGAAGCAAGCGAGAACAGAUUAAAGACUUGAUCUUGCAACUUCACUUUCAGCAGCAGAGUGGCAGCAAAAGCUAGCAGAUUUUUCUUCUGGGUCUUGGAAAUGAAAAUGUAGAUCCAGAAGUAUUGGAAAUCCAAUCUGUACUGUUUGUUCUUUUAAUGUGGUAAAGAGAUGUGUUUAUGUAUUUAUUUUAAGGGUUACAUUUGAACUGUAUUUGCAGAAAAUGGAAGUAUAUAAACUGUAAUUAUGUAAUUUAAAGUAAAUGUUGUUACAUUGCCUAUUUUUAUUUUAGUAGGAAAAACAGAAGCAAAAUUACAAACAGCAGAGAUGGGAAAAUAUUUUAAUCUUAAGAAAUGUAAAUCAUUGAAAGUAAGACUUCACAAAAUGGAUACAUUUUAAAAGUUAUAUUUAGUAUCUUUGAAGAUACCACUUCAAUAUUUAAAAAGAACAAUGAAAAAAUAUAUUUAUAGCUGCUUUUGGAUACAGUAGAUAUGCUAUUGAUCCAUGGGAUUUUGGAUAUAUUUUGGUUUUUCUUAAAAAUUGAUAUGGAUAACUGCUUUUUACAUUGUAUUUUAAAAUGAUAGAACACAAUGUGAAGUCAUGCUUCAAAGUUAUUAUAAAAUUGAAGUUUCAUUUGUUUUCCUUGUUAACUUGGUUAUGUAGCCCGAUUCAAAACCUAAUCUGUUUCUGCUGCCCAGCACUUGUAUAUGAAUACUAUGUAUUUGAUAAGACACUUAACACAAGAUCAUAUGGUCUUCACUGUACUGGGUACAGCUGUAGCUUAUAUCUGGCAAGGUAUCACCCUGGUGGAAAUUAUAUUAAUAUUUCAGUAAUUGCAUUUAUUUUGGAGUUGGAGUUAGUGGGAAUGUCUAAAUGUGUUUAAUAGGCAUCUUGACUAAAAUCCUGUACUAAUAGCUAGGAGUAAGCCCCAUUAAAGUCCAUCAGUAAGUAAAAAAUAAUUUUUAAAAAGUGACAUAAAACACGCUUUUCUUUGCUCAGUUAUCAUGUUUUUGAAAAUAUGUAUUGAAAAACUGAAUACCUAUGAUUCUCCCAAGUCUUUACAUUUGAGACUGAAGCUGUUCAUGGAAGAAAUUCUACUGGUGUUAACUGUGGUGUCAAGUAAUUGCAUACUUAAAUCUGUAUCAGGCUUAUAUUUGAUAAGCUAGAACAUUGACCAAAUACAUAAACAUUUUUUUUUUUACAGAAAGAUUUGAAAUUACUCAUAGGCGUGUUUCUGGUGUCAAUAACAGAAGGAAUAAGGGAGCUGUUAAACAAGGACUUUUACUAUUGAAUAAAUUACUAUUUUUUUAUGGUGUUUGAUAAGUUCUUUUUCUUUAAGAAAAGUCUCAAGAUUAUGCUAUUGAAACUGUCAAGUUUUGACUUGACAGUUGCUUGCAAUAGAUCAGUGGUGUUUCUUUGGCAGAAUGCUGGAAUCUUUGUAAUUAAGAAUGCUACUUAUUUGGCUAGUUGUAGCUAAUAUAUUUUAAUUGCAUAU